AUGGUUCUUAGCUGCCCUUCUUGCCAACAUCACGCUCCUGAGCACCACCAGCUGACCAACCUUAUGAUCCCGAUCACCUCGUCAUGGCCGUUCGAACAAUGGGGAACUGACAUAAUUGGUCCAUUCCCCAGAGCCCCAGGCAACUAUGCAUAUCUAGUGGUGGUGGUGGAUUAUUUUACCAAAUGGAUCGAAAUCGAACCCCUAAGAAGUAUAACUGGUUCAGCGGUCCGAAAAUUCUUCUGGAAGAAUGUGGUCUGCCGCUUUGGAUUACCACGGGUAAUCAUCUCGGAUAACGGCAAGCAGUUUGCUGACAACGCCUUUAAGAGAUGGUGCGAGAAUCUUGGGAUCAAGCAGCACUUCACCUCGGUUGGCCAUCCACAAGCCAAUGGGCAAGCCGAGAACUUCAAUAGUACACUCCUCCACGGUUUCAAAACCAGAUUGCAUCGAGAGGGGUCAUCUUGGGUGAAAGAGCUCCCCAGUGUGUUGUGGUCCUACCGAAAUACGCCGAAAUCCGCAACACAAGAGACCCCGUUCUCUUUAACCUAUGGAUCUAAAGCCGUGGUUCCCGCCGAGUUUAUCACCCCAAGUCCACGCAUGGCAGCCUUCGCUGCCGAGGUGAAUGAAGAGGAAAUGCGAGUAGACCUCGAUCUCAUCGAAGAGAAGUGGAACAUCGUAGCAGCCAAAGUCGCACUAUAUAAGAACAUCCUAACUAGCUACUAUAACGCUCGAGUCAGACACCCACGGUUCAGUCCGGAAGAUCUUGUGCUCCGCAAAAAUUCAGUUAGCCGAGUUGAACCUCAAGGCAAAUUAACCCCUAGGUGGGAGGAACCCUACCGCGUUAUCAGGUCUAGUCAAAAUGGAUAUUGCACAUUAGCUUACCGAAAUGGUUCCCGAGUACCCCGAACCUGGCAUGCUGAGAAUCUCAAAUUGUAUCACCCUUGA